AUGCAGGCAAGACAGAAACCAGCAUUUGUUAUGCGAGUGAACUGCACCAGAGACUCGGAGGCACUCAGGAAGGUCCAGGUCUCUGACAUCACCGCCGCAAAGGCAAGUCACCAAAACACACACCCUGAAGCAAAGAACACGAUCGAAUUCAAUCGUACUCAAGACGAAGAACAUGGUGACGUUACAACCAGCGUUAUAAUCCUUGUGGGAGAAAUUUUCACUCUAUCCCUCUGGCAGCUUGAACGCGACAUCCACCAUGUUGUUAUCAUUUCUGCCUACAAUGAAGCUCACAAAGAAGCUCUUGCAAUAAUGAUUCACAUCUCUCAUGAGCAAGUUGAUACUAAAUAUCUUUUCCAUGGCUUCCUAUGCAAUAUAAUUCUAGUCAAGCGGGCCAAGUACCCCAACAAAUUCAUUGCGAUCAGGAACAUGCAAAGGCAAUGCAACCACUCAGCUCAUUAUGCUGGAGGAAAUUCUGGUCACUGGCCCUAUUGCACAUUCGAUUGCACACUUCUGGAGGUUGUUAGUGUCAUGAAUACUCACGAGCGAGAGGGUCUGUUGAAUUGGUGGAACGACCAAAUCUAUGCCAACUCUGUGGACCCUGAGGAGGGGGUGUUGAGUAUGGCUAGCAUCACGACCAAGGCAACAGACCAGGCAACAGAACGAACACAACAGACAACAGAACAGGCAACAGAACAGGCAACAGAACAGGCAAUAGAACAGGCAACAGAACAGGCAACAAAAUUUAUUUGA